AUGUCCCCGCCCUUGUCCCAGGAGCCCAGUGUGCCAGAGCCUCAACAAGAAGAACCACCAGCUGAAAAUCAGGAUCAUACACCUGGUCAGAAGAGAGAAGAUCAGGGUGCAGCUGAGAUUCAAGUGCCCUACCUGGAAGCUGAUCUCCAGGAGCUGUCUCAGUCAAAGACUGGGGAUGAAUGCGGAGAUGGUCCUGAUGUUCAGGGAAAUAUUCUGCCAAAAUCAGAGCAAUUUAAAAUGCCAGAAGGAGGGGAAGGGCAACCACAGGUUUAAAUGAAGACAAGCUGACAGAGUACAAACUGAAUGUAUCUGAG